CGAAUUGAUCUUUUCUCUCUGGUUUGGGUUCAGUCUAACCAUAGUUCUGUCAGAACCCUCACAGGAGUGACCCAGUCCAGUCGAGUGUUACAGGAAAUCUGAGUCUGCCCCCAGCUUGGUAACAGGAGAGGACAGGUGUGAGCGGCCCUCUAAAUGAAGCCGCAUCAUCAGAACUUUGGUUCCAGUUCUGCUGGCCGGGAUGUCAGUCCUCAUUAUAAUCUGGCCUGGUUCUGUUCCACCUGGUAUUAAUGCCAGGCAGUUUAUAACUCCAGAUUAUUCUGUCAUCUGGUUUUGGUUCUUCAUUCACGUCUCUACCAUGUAAACAGGUUACAUGGGAGAGCGAGCCUGAAUUAUUGAUGAAGCGGAACCUCUCUCUCUCUGACAGUGCAGAACGGAGGGAGAACAGACAAAAAAGCAAAACAUCCCGACAGAAACGAAGGAAAGGUUUUUUAAACAGCAGACGGGAAAGGAAAGAAGCAGAGUGUGGAGGAAAACAGGAAGAAAGACAAAAACAGAAAUGUGAAGAAAAAAGACAACGUUCCCACAGAAAGGAGCCCAGAAAAAAAUGUCAGACAAGAAGGAAGAAGCUGGGAAGGAGGAGACUAAAAGUCAGCCUCCUCCCUCCUCGGUCUUCGUGGAGACGGUGAUUUCAUCAAGAAGGCAGGACCUGGUGUGCAUCGUGUGUUUUUGCAGCUAUGACCUUGCAUCGCGGUUACCGCGGCGCUUGCACUGUGGCCACGCCUUCUGUCAGGCUUGUCUGAAAAGACUGGACACGGUGAUCAAUGAGCAGGUGUGGAUCCCCUGUCCUCAGUGUCGACAAAACACACCCCGACCCAGAGGAGGAGCUGCAGGUCUGGACUUGGACUUGACGUCCUUUCUGGGGGUCAAAAGCCAGCAGGCCUGCAUCCCCUGGAACCCAAGUGGCAGAGAGAGGAGGCCUUCAGGAGAGAUGGUAGCUAAGGGCAAGCUGUGGCUGGGGACGGAGGAGAAUGAUUACAGGAGGUCACAUGGAGGUCUGGCUGAGCCUCGCUUCCAUCACUAUGGCAACUGCUGCCCACCUUUGCCCUGUUCCUUAUGCUGCUGGUUCUGCUGCACAUGGCGGGGUAACUGACUCUUUUGACAGAAAAAUCGCACAAAAUCAAAAGCCAGAAAUAAAAACAACUGAACCGCUG